GAUUUUUGUAGGGGAGAAGUCAUAGGACUAAUGUUUUGAAGAAAGGUUAAUUUUCUUUUAAUUGUUUUUCAUUGUGAUGAAAAUAUAUUUUCGACAAAAACAAAAAAAGAACAAUCAUACGAAAAAACAUUGAUUAAUUAUGUCAUUUAAAAGUUAAAAACAUUAAAUAAACAAAAAAUGGGUGCAAAAGAAUCAAAACCAUCGUGUAUUAGUUAUGAAGAUGCAAUCAAAAGAGUUACUGAUACAGAAUUUAGGCGAAUUAAAGAGGCUUUCAAAAAAUCAGCUGGCCCUGGAAGUACAUUUUUAAGUCAAAAUGCAUUCCAGCAAGAUGUUCUUUGCGAAGGAAUUCCACUUAAUGUUGCUGAUUUGCUAUACCUUGCAUGUGGUGGCACCCAAAAAGGAAUAUCAUUCAAAGAUGUGUUUUGUGGGCUUGUUCUACUAACCCGUGGUACAGAGGAAGAAAAGAUACGCUUCCUAUGGAAUCUUUAUUGCAAUGAUUCUGGAACUUAUAUUCUCAAAUCGGAGUAUACAAAAUCAUCAAACUUGUAUGGAAACGAUGCCAUUUCACUUUUCGCCCAAUCAGAUCGAGUUAAUUUCGAGCAAUUUCGUGAUUGGAUUUUAAAUCACCGGAACUCAAGUGUACUUUCAAAAUGGUUGCUUUCCGAUACUUGUAUAAAUCUAACUUCCGAGUUGGAAACACCGACAUUCUAUCAGAGUUUAGCCGGUGUUACCCACCUUGAAGAGAAGGAUAUUGGAGAUCUUGAAAAAGAGUUUUGGCGAUUGAAGAGUACUUCCGUCACUGGUCAGCUAGAUCUGCAGCUAUUGGGACCUCUUAUAAGCCCUCCCAUACCGAAAACUGCAUUAGCCGGAAUGUUUAGUGCAUUUGAUGAAAAUCGUGAUGGUCAUAUCGAUUUCAAAGAAUUAUGUUGUGGUGUUUCCGCUGCAUGUCGGGGUCCAAAUGUCGAACGCUCUAAAUUUUGUUUUAAAAUAUUCGAUAUCGAUCGAGACGGAAUACUUAACUACGAAGAAACUAUUCAAAUGAUUGAUAUUCUGAUAUUCGUAGCAAAAGAGAAUCAUAAUGCCAACAAUUACAAAGUCAUAAGCAAAAAUGAUGUGAUAAAUGAUUUGCUUACAUUCACAAGGAAGAGUGUUACCAAUGUCCCACCAAAAAAGCAAUCUGAUGUUCACAAUAUUCCAAAAAACCACAUAAAUCAGGAGAAAUUUAUUAGCCUUACUCAAGAAGACUUUAUGAUGUGGAACGUCGAAAGCAGCUUAGAUCUCGUUCAACCAUUCCUUGAUUUAACAUUCGAAGUUUGUCACAUAGUUUUUGGUUUGUCACCACAAUGCAAACACAUGGAAAAUGAUAUUGUAAAAGGAUGGCUUACUCGAGAAGAAAAACGGGGCUAUUGUGUUGGACAAUUUUGGUAUUUAAUUUCUAAAGAAUGGUGGGUUUCGUGGACACAUUACACUCAAAAUUUCUCUACGACUCCCUGCUAUUAUUGUAAGAAAUCGAUGGCAAACGGAAUCAAUCAUAAAGGUGGUUUGGCUGGAGCCGUAGAUGAGGCUAUGGUUUGCGACGAAAGCUUUAACUCACACUCUUCGGAAUCUAAUGGAGAAAUUGUCACAGCGGCAGAUUCUACUAGUUUAGGUAAGCAAGCGUGUAUAAUAUUUAAAUGUUACUUUUUAAACAUAUGCAUAUUACUUGAAGGUUCGAGGAGUAGUGGUAUAUCUGAUGGACGACACUCAAGCUUAAGACCAGGACCUAUUGAUAAUACGAAUUUAAUAACGGUCAAUCCCUACAAAAGCGUUCGCACUCUUACUGGCGAGGGUGGCCAUUUGAAGCGCGACACUCCAUUGGUUCAGAAUCAUGAUUUUGAAUUAGUUCCUAAGUCAUUGUGGAAAGCACUAACACGUUGGUAUGGCGAGAUUUUACCACUGCCACGACAGGUUAUUCAACCUCCUAAUUCUCCCGAAGUUGAACUGGAAUUGUAUCCUUUAAACCUGCGUAUAUUAAUGCAUCAGCAAAUGCCACUUAAUUCGCCAGCCGUUUCAAAUUGGGGUGCUGUUUCUGGUAAUUAAAAAAUAUUGAUCCUCACUUAGAAAGGAAACAAAUUCUCUUAAAAUUAAUCCUUAGGAGGAGGAUAUGCAGCUUUAUCAACAACUCCAAACGAAAUACAACCACCUAAAAAGUACUUAGCUUACACAGCAGCUUUUAGUCGUCUGGCUACGGUUAAACAAAUUGGAGAAUUUCUUUGUGAUCAGCUACGAUGGAAGCCUGAAGAUAUCCGUUUGUGGCACAUCGCAAGUGCAUCAACGGACAGUAAUCCAAUAAUGCUCGAGGAGGAGAAUAUGACCCUCAAGGAACUACUGAUAAGAGAUAACGACCAAAUACUCCUAGAAGUUCGCAACAAGGACCUUACAUGGCCCGAAGAGUUAGGAUCCCUUUCACUUAGCCACGGUAGCUCACACCAGGACAGACGCCUUACACGAGCAUCAAUUCAUUCGGUGCACGCACCUGGAGCAACAGGUCUCCACAACUUAGGCAAUACGUGUUUUAUGAAUGCCGCUCUUCAAGUGCUCUUCAAUACACAACCAUUGGCUCAGUAUUUUAGGAGAAAUGUCCACCUUUUCGAAAUGAACAAACAAAAUAAAUUAGGAACAAAAGGGCAAUUAGCAACACGCUAUGGAGAAUUGCUCAAGGAGAUUUGGACCGCUUCAACUCGAUCGGUAGCCCCUUUAAAACUAAGAUUUUGUGUUACUAAACAUGCUCCUCAAUUUGCUGGCGGUGGACAACAUGACUCUCAAGAACUACUUGAGUGGAUGCUAGAUGCCCUGCACGAGGACCUAAAUAGGGUAACCGAGAAGCCCUAUAGCGAACUUAAAGACUCUGAUGGAAGGCCUGACAAAGUAGUUGCUUUUGAAGCCUGGUCGCAACAUCAUUCGAGAAAUCAAAGUAUUGUCACCGAUCUGUUUUAUGGUCAGUUAAAAUCAAAAGUAAGCUGCUUAUGUUGUGGACGAGAAUCAGUUCGAUUUGAUCCGUUUAGCUUGCUUAGUUUACCGCUACCAGUUGAGAAUUAUCUAUAUUUUGAAGUUUUAGUUAUUCCACUGGAUGGUGCCAUUCCUGUAAAAUAUGGACUACGUUUAAAUCCUGAUUCAAAGUAUAUGGAUUUAAAGAAAAACCUAUCGACAUUGUGCCACCUUCAACCUUACUUUAUGCUUGUUUGUGAAUUGUCUAAUUCUCAAAUUCGUCAGAUUCUGUUAGACGAUCAGAAGAUUAGGUCAUCAAGUGCCACUGAAUUGUAUGUGUACCAAUUGCCAGAAGAUUGCAAUGAAACGCGAUCAAGAACCAGUUCAACACUUGGUGUGAACAUUGAAAAAGGUCUCAAAGACAUCCAGCGGAGCUCAGCUCUACUAGUUGCACCCGAGGUCACAACAACAUCAAAUUACCAACAACAAACACAGCAGCCGAUACAUGUACUCCCCCCACAAAGCCAACAAACUCAACCCCUAACAUCAACCCCAUCACCCACUGUAAUAGCAACAGCCACAGCAACAGCAACAACAAUACCGCCGACAUUAUCAAAUCAUUUAAAUCACAUCGGAAAUAAUCAUCAUUUUAGACAGCCCUCAUUAGAUGAAGAAUUGCAAAUCGAUGAUGCCGAAACGAGUUCAGAUGUUGUUGAUAAUAGUAGAUCAUCGAAGGUAAGGCGGUGCUUUGGAAACACCAUGUGCAUGCCCAAGAAUCUGUUGUGCUUCAAGCAAUCACCUGAAUUAGGCACUAGCCCCGAGAAUACAUUUGUCCAUAAAAAUUGCCAGCGCAAGCGAAUAUCUUCAUCAAAGCUACUGAAUGAAAAUACAUCGUCAUAUAACUGCAGCUCAGAUGAGGCGAGUAGUGUAGGCAAAUCGCCUGUAGACAUUGCCGAUAUUGAUAUUAGCCAGCCGACAAAGAGUCCGUGUCGUGGCGCCUCGAACAGUGAUAGCUGUGACGAUGAAGACAGCAACUCGUUGAAUUCCGAUAUGAAUUCAAGCAAACCCGGAUUAUUCUCGAGGGUGCCAUCGCAACAUUAUAAAGUUGGAAAGUAUUUAAUGGCUGUUCAUCGGAAGAUUACCAGACAAGAUACAUACUUUUUGUCAUAUCAUAAGACGAGGCCGAGUCUAUUUGGAGUGCCAUUGCUUAUACCCUGCGGUGAGAGUGGUACAAAUAAAGAUUUGUAUUGCGCUGUUUGGGUUCAAGUCAGCAGAUUGCUCAGUCCAUUGCCGUUGGCUUCGGAUCAAUCGAAUCAUGCUGCUGAUUGCGAUGACAGUCUGGGAUAUGACUUUCCUUUUACACUAAGGGCUGUAACGAGCGAUGGAUUGACGUGUGCUCUCUGUCCUUGGACCAGCUUUUGUAGAGGCUGUGAAAUUCCGUGUAAUGAUGAUUUAUUGUUGCGGGGUACUUUGAUUCCUUCAAGUGCUGCAACAAGUAAUGCUUCAACGCCAAAACUGAUGACAAAAUUUGCAUCGAUGCCAAAUUUGGAACCAAAGAAACACAUGGAUUUGAAAUCUAAUCAAAUCAAUAUUGCAAUCGACUGGGAUCCCACAGCACUUCAUUUACGCUAUCAAAGCACCAGAGAACGGUUGUGGGAAGAUCACGAGUCACUUGCUAUUUGUCGCAAAGAACGAACAGAGCCAGUAGAUCUUAAUCAUUGUCUUCGAGCGUUUACCUCAAAAGAGGAACUAGAACAGGGCUAUCAUUGCAGUCAUUGCAAGGGUAAGAAACGAGCAACAAAGAAGCUACAAAUAUGGAAGCUGCCUCCAAUUCUUAUAAUACAUUUGAAGCGAUUUAAUUGUGUCAAUGGGAAAUGGGUUAAAUCUCAAAAAGUCGUGCAUUUUCCAUUUGAUGAUUUCGACCCGACGCCCUAUUUGGCAUCGGUGCCGCAAGAAACAAUAUUGCGGCACAAAGAAUUACUCGACAUGAAAAAUAAUGCCAUGGAUCAUUAUGCAUUCGCUGACGAUGAUGUUGUUGUCGAGGAAGAUUCGGCUUUAAGUCGUCAAGGAAGUAGUGAAUCGAGUAAUGAUCUCGAUCUAGAUUCCGAAAUUCAAAUAACCAAUGAACAAGAAAAGAAUAAGAAUAAGAAUCGCUGUGAAACAAACAAAACAGCUGAAACAUACGGCAAUGAUGUGAUAAGCGAAGAUGUAGUCCUAAGAAACACUAGAAGUAGUUUAGUAGAUAAUUCGAUAGCCACACCGAAAAAAAUAGUAAAUGCCAGAAUAGAAAGACGGCGACGUUUGAUAUCAUCUAGUCUUACGAAGACUCCAAUUAUAGAUGGUGAAUUUGAAGAUUUCCAUCAUCACAAACUGAAAGAAGGUGUUGAUCCGUUUGAUUUGAAGUACAAAUUGUAUGCUGUUGUUUCACAUUCCGGAAUGCUUAAUGGCGGACACUAUAUUUCAUAUGCUUCAAAUCCAAAUGGUUCCUGGUAUUGCUACAAUGACAGUUCAUGUCGAGAAAUUGCUAAACAACCAAACAUUGAUCCUAGUUCAGCUUAUUUAUUAUUUUACGAACGUCGUGGCUUAGAUUACGAACCAUAUUUACCAAAUAUCGAAGGAAAAACAAUACCAAAUGAAAAUGCUCUAGAUAUCGAUGAUAAUGAAAACGAUUUAAAGAAAAUGUGCGUACUAUCAUAAUCUAUCUAUGCGAAUUAAUUAUAGAUAUCAAAAAAGUCCACACAAACAAAUUAAAUGAUGAAAGCUCAAAGAUUGAUUGAUUGUGAAACUUACCAUAAUUUCAACGAUGCCAUUUCAAAUUACAUAAAUAAACAAAAUAUACUAAUUAUUAAUGAGAAACAAAAACACACGCAAUAUAAAAAUAAUAACAUUAAACAAUUCUUUCGUGAUAUAACCGCAAUCGCUUUAAAUGUUAACAUUGAUAAUUAAACUAUAUAAAUGUGAAUUUUUCAAUCAAAA